CUCUCUCUCUCUCUCUCUCUUUCUCGGUUUGUGCCGCUAUAAUCUUCCGUGUUGUUCGCCGUCUCUUGGAAUCUGGUUUGCGAAACGAUCAGGAGACGCGAUCGACGAGGGAGGGGAAACCGUAGUGGAGGCAGGGACACCGAUGGAGGCGGUGCCGGGGGCGUCGGCGGACGAGAUGGCGCCGGGGACGUCGUCGGCGGCCGGAUCAGAGGAGGCGAAGGUGAAUGGGGAAGGGGAUGACGAGGCGCUGGUCGCCAGGGCGCAGAAGCUGAUCGGCAAGAUCGUCGACACCCAGGAGAACCCUAACCCUAGGCUCCUCCACGCCCUCGCGUCGAUCCUCGAGGCUCAGGAAUCAAGAUACCUGCAGGAAUCUGUGAGUUCACCUUUUAACAAUGUCCGGGCUUCUCAUACUAUUGGAAGGUUAGCUAACCUAGUGCAGGAAAAUGAUGAAUUUUAUGAGGCAAUUUCAUCAAAAUUUUUAUCAGAAAGCAGAUACUCAACUGGUGUUCGUGCAGCUGCUGCAAGACUGAUUCUUAGCUGUUCCUCAAGUUGGAUGUAUCCGCAUGUUUUUGACGAUGAUGUGCUGGACAACAUCAAAACCUGGUUAAUGGAGGAAAAUAUAGAUUCAAAUGAUGAUUGUAUAUGGAAACAUGUAUUUGGUGAGGAUAAGCCAACAGAAUCAGAAAUGUUGACAACUUAUGCUACAGGACUUCUUGCUUUAGCAUUGGCUAGUCCUGGUCCAGUUGUUGAAGACAUCUUGACAUCAGGCUUAUCUGCAAAGCUCAUGCGUUAUCUGCGUACACGGAUCCUUGGGGAUGCCAAUGUUGGCCAGAAAAAUUGCACGUACCCGGCAGAGGUCAAGCAUGCUUCAGUUGCUAGCUAUCUCAGGGGUCGGGAUGAAAACAAAUUAAGAUCACGCGAGGUUUCAGAUGCUCCUCGUUUGGAAGGUUUAAAGGCUGGAGAUGAAGGGUCAUCAGACGAUUCAUGUGUUCAUCGGGAUUGUGAUAGAGUAACUAGGCAAGUUUGUUCAGAUGAGUAUUGGGGGGACUCAUUGAAACCUGAGAUAACUGAUUCAUCUACGGCAGUUGAUGGUGCAUAUGAGAUGGUCGAGGGAAAUGCUGAUCUUGCUAGUAAUGAAUGGCAAGAUAGGAAUUUGCUUGAUGGGAAGUUGAGAUAUGGUGAAAGACUUCUUGCUGCAAGAUCGACUCGUGAUGAGGAUCCUGAUGAAAAUAUGAGGGAUGACUCGUCGAGGCGAAGGGUUAUCAGGGGAUUACAGAGAAGUAGAACCAAAGGAAGGAUCAGUGAAGGAAACUCGGACAGUGACAGGGUUUUGACAUCCCCUAGUUCUGGAUUAAGACUUGGAGGAAGUGGUAGGGUAUCCAGGGACAGAAACUUACUAAAGAAUGAAGACACUAGAAAAGUGACUGACACUACGAACAACUCAGUCAAGCUUGAUCAGGAAGGUUUGGUCAUUGGAGAGGAUAAUGAUGACCGUUUAUUGGAUUGUUAUAUUGGCUCAAGAGAUAUAUCUGAAAUGGUAAAGAAAGCAAUAGGAGCUGCUGAAGCUGAAGCAAGAGCUGCUGAUGCACCUGCAGAAGCAAUUAAAGCGGCUGGAGAUGCGGCAGCUGAACUUGUGAAGACUGCUGCUUUAGAGGCCUGGAAUAAUACAAAGAUUGAAGAAGAGGUCAUUUUAGCUGCUUCUAAAGCUGCAAGUUCUGUUGUUGAUGCUGCUAUUGCAACAGAGAUUUCUCGGACUGCGAAUGAAGUCAAUGAAAAUUUGACGGAAACCAAGGCUAUGGAAGUUGAAGGGGAUGAAAUGCCAGAAGACUUCAGCAUUUUGGAUAAAGAGCCUCUUGCAAGGCUCAGAGAAAAAUACUGCAUUCAGUGUCUUCAAAUUUUGGGAGAAUACGUUGAAGCUUUUGGACCAAUUCUGCACGAAAAAGGUGUUGAUGUCUGCCUUGCAUUGUUGCAACAGAGUUUCAAGGAAGAAGUACUUGAUAAUCUGUCAUUGCUGCCAGAAGUGCUCAAACUGAUAUGUGCCCUAGCUGCUCAUCGUAAGUUUGCCGCUGUAUUUGUUGAUCGUGGUGGCAUACAGAAACUUCUUUCUGUUCGUAGGGUCCCACAAACCUUCUUUGGUCUUUCGUCAUGCUUAUUCACGAUUGGUUCUCUUCAGGGUAUUAUGGAACGUGUGUGUGCGCUUCCAUCUGAUGUGGUGAGUAAGGUGAUUGAGCUGGCACUUCAGCUUCUUGUGUGCCCCCAAGACCAAGCUCGGAAAAAUGCUGCUAUCUUUUUUGCUGCUGCUUUUGUGUUCAGAGCAGUUCUGGACUCGUUUGAUGCACAUGAUGGCCUACAGAAAAUGUUAAAUCUCUUGCAUGGUGCUGCAUCAGUUAGAUCAGGUGGAAAUUCUGGAACAUUAGGCAUGCCUGAUGCAGCUCUUAGAAAUGAUCGAUCAGAAAUACUGACUGCAUCUGAAAAGCAGAUCGCUUAUCAUACUUGUGUUGCAUUACGCCAGUAUUUCAGGGCCCAUCUCCUUUUGCUUGUAGAAUCUCUUCGUCCAAAUAAAAGUAGUCGAACUGUAGCACGUAAUACUUCAAGUGCAAGAGCUGCAUAUAAACCGCUCGAUAUCAGCAAUGAGUCUAUGGAUGCAGUGUUCCUUCAGAUACAGCGUGAUAGGAAGAUAGGACCUGCAUUUGUUAGAGUUCGUUGGUCUCCAGUUGAUAGGUUUUUGGCCUCUAAUGGUCAUAUAACAAUGUUGGAGCUGUGUCAGGCUCCUCCUGUUGAGCGGUAUCUGCAUGAUUUGGCGCAAUAUGCAUUAGGUGUCCUCCAUAUAGUCACUUUCAUACCCCAUAGUCGUAAAUUGAUUAUAAAUGCUACUUUAAGCAAUAAUCGCGUCGGCAUGGCAGUUAUUUUAGAUGCAGCUAAUGGUGCUGGAUUUGUUGAUCCUGAGGUAAUCCACCCAGCGUUAAAUGUUUUAGUAAAUCUUGUAUGUCCGCCUCCUUCUAUCAGCAACAAAUCCUCUUUAUCUGCACAAGGUCAGCAACCUGCUUCGGUCCAAUCAUCAAGUGGUCACUCAGAAAGCAGAGAAAGGUUCUCUGAAAGGCAUAUUUCUGAUCGUAUUCCAUUUCCCACUCAAAAUGAGUCUAGGGAGAUCAAUAGUGAACCUAAUUUGGAGAGGAGUAACACAACAGUUCCUUUGACUCCAUCAGGAGUGGUUGGAGAUCGCAGAAUAUCUUUAGGACCUGGAUUUGGGUGUGCUGGUCUUGCGGCUCAGUUGGAGCAAGGAUAUCAUCAGGCAAGAGAGGCUGUUCGUGCCAACAAUGGUAUAAAAGUUCUAUUGCAUCUUCUUCACCCUCGGAUGAUUACACCUCCUGCAGCCCUGGACUGCAUUCGAGCUCUAGCAUGUCGUGUUUUGCUUGGUCUGGCUAGAGAUGAAACCAUAGCACAUAUACUUACAAAACUUCAGGUGGGUAAGAAGCUGUCAGAACUUAUUCGAGAUUCAGGUUGCCAGGCAGGCGGAACAGAACAAGGACGCUGGCAAGCUGAACUAGUACAAGUUGCCAUCGAGUUGAUUGCAAUUGUAACAAAUUCUGGCCGUGCAAGCACCUUGGCAGCCACUGAUGCUGCAGCUCCUACAUUGAGACGUAUUGAGAGAGCUGCAAUAGCUGCAGCAACUCGUAUUACUUAUCAUUCCAGGGAGCUGUUGUUAUUAAUUCAUGAACAUCUUCAGAGAUCUGGCUUGACGGCUACAGCUGCCUUGCUACAAAAAGAGGCUGACUUGACACCUUUGCCAUCUUUAGGAGUACCAUCUCCUCCCUUACACCAAACUUCAGUGCAAGAUACUUCAUCUGUGCAACUCCAGUGGCCAUCAGGCCGUGCUUCUUGUGGGUUUAGUUCAGAUAUGAAGAUGUCUCCGCGAGAUGAAGACACUGGUCUAAAGCCUGAAUCAACUGUGAUGACUUCCAAAAAGAAAACACUGACCUUCUCUUCAAGUUUCUCACAGGGGAAAAGUCAUCUUCCAUCACAUUCUUCUUCUGUUGUUAAAUCUUCUGUUGUAAAUGGUCAUACAGCUCACGAGGGCUUGGAAACAACUCCUCCAUCUGCUUGCAAGUCUAAUGCAGAUAUUGAGCCGCCAUCGAAAACACCAAAUUUAUUACCUGUGAAAAGGAAGUUAAAUGAAUUGAAGGAUCUCUUUUCUGCAACACCAGCAAAGCGCCUUCUGAUGUCAGACCUUGCUUCACAUUCUGCAACCAAUCAGAUGUCAACUUCUGGACAGAGAAAUCAUCUUUCAAAUCCAAAUUGUCUAUCUCCUCAUGCCAACACCACACCACGGGAUCGUUUCAGCAGAGGAGCAUGCGGCAGCUUGUCUGGGAAUAAUAUAGAUGAUAUCCGCCACCCUAACAGUUAUGGAGCGUCGACAGCACCUGUAGCCCAAUCUGGUCUGCCAGCUGACCAACAGCCAGGAAAUACCGAGAGGAUGACUCUUGAUUCAUUAGUUGUGCAAUAUUUGAAGAAUCAACAUCGUCAGUGUCCAGCACCUAUUACCACCUUGCCACCACUUUCUCUUUUGCAUCCACACGUGUGCCCAGAACCUAGCCGGAGCCUGAAUGCACCUGCAAAUGUAACUGCACGGGUCAGUACCAGGGAGUUCAUGAAACAGUAUGGAGGAAUCCAUGCCCAUCGUAGAGAUCGUCAAUUUGUAUAUAGUCGGUUCAGGCCAUUUCGUACCUGCCGAGAUGAUGCUGCUUUAUUGACAUGCAUUACUUAUCUCGGGGAUUCUUCUCAUAUUGCAACUGGAAGUCAUUCUGGUGAGCUAAAAAUAUUUGAUUCAAACAGUGGAAAUGUUUUAGAGAGUCAGACAUGCCACCAGACUCCUGUUACACUGGUUCAAUCAGCCUCUUGCGGUGGAAAUCAAUUUGUUCUUUCUUCGGGUUUGUAUGAUGUUAAGUUAUGGGAUGCUUCCUCCAUUUCAACCGGGCCCUUGCAUUCAUUUGAAGGAUGUAAGGCUGCCCGUUUUAGCCAUUCAGGGACCAACUUUGCUGCCUUGUCAUCAGACACUUCUCGUCGUGAGGUUCUCCUUUAUGAUGUCCAAACGUACAAUGUAGAGCUUAGACUUCCUGACAGCUCAAGUAACCAUCCAGGCAUUGUUCGAGGACAUGCACAAUCCCUGAUACACUUUAGUCCAUUGGACACACUGCUAUUAUGGAACGGAAUCCUGUGGGAUAGGAGGAGUUCAAGUGCUGUUCAUCGUUUCGAUCAAUUCACAGAUUAUGGCGGUGGUGGGUUUCAUCCUGCUGGAAAUGAGAUUAUAAUCAAUUCUGAGGUGUGGGAUCUUCGCAAGUUCAAGCUUUUGAGGACGGUGCCUUCGCUGGACCAGACGGUAAUCACGUUCAAUGGUGGUGGGGAUGUCAUAUAUGCAAUUCUGAGGCGCAACCUUGAGGACGUGAUGUCGGCUGUCAACACCCGUCGUGUUCGACAUCCGCUAUUCCCUGCCUUCCGCACGAUUGAUGCCGUGAACUAUGCCGAUAUCGCGACGGUUCAGGUUGAUCGUUGCGUCCUCGACUUGGCCGUUGAUCCCACCGACUCCUUUGUGGGCAUCAUCGCCAUGGAUGACCACGAUGAGAUGUUCUCCUCCGCUAGGCUCUACGAGGUCGGUCGAAAACGGCCAACCGAUGAUGACUCGGACCCGGACGAUGGCGGUGAGACUGAUGAGGACGAUGAGGAAAACGAGGAGUCCGAGGCGGAUGUGGAUGCGAUCUUGGAGGCAGAGUUGGAUGGUGACGGAGACAGCGACUCGGAUGACAUGAGCAAUGAUGAGGACGAUGAAGAUGUAGACAGCGGAGAUGAAUUGGACGAAGAUGGGGACUUCAACCUCGGGGGCGCAGACUUUGAGGGGGGGCGAGGGCUGUUGGAGAUCAUGGCCGAGGGUGAUGAGGAGGGUGACUCUGAUGAGGGUGAGCUAGUGGAGUCUUUGAGCAGCGGGGAUGAAGGGGAUUUUACAUUCUAAAUCUCUAUUGUGCCGUGCCAUGCCAUCCGAUAACGCCGCUUGGCUACGAGGCUAUGUAACUAUUAUUAUCAUCUAGAAUUUUCUUGGAGGAAGGUAGAAUUUGCAAGAAUCAGCAACUCAAGAAAUGUAAACAGCGAGUGCAACGAAAAGGGUCAUUACAUUUUGUUCUGUCAAUCAUAUUAAAAGAAAAAUAAGUGCCUAUUAAGUUUUUCUU